AUGGGCAAUCUCGUGUGGCAUGAAUACGCUCGCUACGUCUCAAUUACGGCUAGCGUUUAUUCCGUAUGGGCUUCAUUCUUCGGGCUGAUUUAUCGCAAAUUCUUCUGGGACUUCGUUGGUGGCAUUCUCCGUGAUUCAGGAGGCACCCAAGCGCCCAACUCCAGUGCCAUCUUCGUUACUUUAAUUAUAAAGACCCCCAUUAUCCCGAUCCUAUCCCUAAUCCUCGGCCACUUCAUGCUUGCCCUCGAAUUCCCGUUGCCGCAGCUGAAAGGGCUAGCUAUACACCGAAGCAUAGCCCUACGAGUUGUCUUAUUGCUGUUCCAAACCUUCCUCACGGUUCUGUUUUACCAGGGUACAAAUGCAGCUAUAUGGUCGCUUAUAGCUGCCAUGUGCUAUGGGCGCGCUUUAGCCUUGGACGAGAAGAUGGUGGAAGCGAAAGGAAACAGGGGGAAAGGCGAUUCAGCAUGA